ACAUCUACAAGGAGCUACCCUUAACACCAGGGGCUCAUCCCCACGGGCAGAGCGCGGGCGAGCAGCGUGGGGACCACUGAGACGCGAACUGGUGAGCAUACAACGGACUGAGCUGGAUUUGGUGACCAAUAAAACCCCGGGUUUCCGUCCCCACCCUUAAACCAAGGGAAACCAGGUGAAUGCGGCUACGAGGAUUCGAACUCCUGACCAACAACGGGCAAUAGCCUGGAACCAUGAGUCCCACCCGCGGGUGGUCUUGUAAGGGAUGGGAAUGGAACUUCACAAUGGAAAAGAGUCAAAGUAAACCUCGAAGAUCACGUCUACAUCCCAACAUUUCCUCCCGGUCUAGACUCCUAUGAGGAGCAUAUCUCCGACUACCUCUCAAACAUCGCACUCGAACAACUACCCCAAAACAAACCUCUAUGGAACAUGCACCUAAUCAAAUACCCAACAAAAACAUCCAAAGGCACAUUAGUCUUCAAGCUACACCACGCUCUAGGUGACGGAUUCUCUCUAAUGGCUGCCUUGUUCUCUUGCAUCAAGAGAGCCGAUGACCCUUCAUUGCCUCUUACAUUUCCUUCGACGAAAAUUACACAAAAGAUGACAAAGAGCGUUGGAGCUAUGAGUUAUUUUGGGAAAGUAUCAGGUGCAUUUUCAGCUUGUGGAAACACGGUCAAGGAUUUUGGGUGGAGUUUGAUGAAGAGUAAUUUUUUGGAGGAUGAUAAGACUCCGGUGAGAUCAGGGACAGUUGGGGUUGAGUACCUGCCUAUUAGUAUUGUUUCCGUUCAGUUUCCGCUCGAUGAUGUAAGGGAGAUCAAGAUGAAGAUUGGAGGGACAGUAAAUGAUGUGAUCAGUGGCAUAAUUUUCCACGGCGUACAACUCUACUUGCAAUCUGCAGCUAAAGACACAACAGAAUCUGCAAAAGUUACAGCAUUAGUCUUGCUCAACACGAGGAUCAUUGGAAGUUAUCAACCUCUUCACGAGAUGACGAAAACUGGUGCAAAGUCCCCUUGGGGAAAUCAAUUUGGAUUCCUUCAUGUAGGAAUUCCUAAUUGUAGAGAUGCAGAGAAAGUUAACCCUUUAGAAUUUGUGCAGAAAGCGAGGGAGAUCAUUAAGCAGAAGAGGAGCUCUCUUGCAGUCUAUUUCACUGGCAGAUUGCUGGAAAUGCUAAGGAGACUAAUAGGUCCAGAGGGAACUGCAAAGUACAUACAUUCAACACUAAGAAACACAAGUAUGACAAUUUCAAACUUGACCGGACCAAUGGAGCAAAUGAUCAUCGCUAACAAUCCAAUUAGUAGCUUCUAUUUCAUGGUUGUUGGCGUUCCACAGAGCCUUACUAUAACAGUUGUUAGCUACAUGGGGAAGCUGAGGGUGGCAAUGGGAGUGGAGAAAGGAUUCAUAAAUCCCAAUCUUUUGGUCUCAUGUAUGGAGAAGUCGUUUGAAAGGAUUUUUGAAGCAGCUCUUGGCAUGAAGCCAUGAAAGUUUCGGAUCAUUUCUCAGUUAUUUCUCAUAAAUUGUUUUAAUAACCUUUAUAUUGUUUAUUCGUAUGUGGUUUCUUUCUAAAUAUGAAGUAUGUGUUAAGGUCUUUGGAAAAAUACUUACAAAUUUUUUCGCAUAGGCUAACAGAUUUGUCGUA